AUGACCAAUAAUCAAAAUCUGUUAUCAUCAUCAUCAUCAUCAACAUCAACAUCAUCGACAACAACAACAACAACACAGCCGAAGCCGCAGCCAAUUCCACUGCCAUCUUCAUUACCAUCAUCCGGUUUGAUUUCGGAAAUUGUCCAAAUGCAACAAAAACAACUAACAACAACAACAGCAGCAGCAGCAGCAGAAACAAUGGACAUGCAUGAUGAGGAGAUAAACAUGAUCCAAUCGGACAUUUUCGUCAAUGAUAAUUCAUUAAUGAUGACACAAAGAAAAGAAUCAUCAACAAAUUCUUCAUCGAUUAAUCAUUCAAUUUCAUUAAUAAAUGAUUGUGUUGAUAAUAAACAAUCAUCAUUGUAUAACAACAAUUCAUAUAGUACAAAAUUAGGUCUCAAUGAUUUAUGGCCUUUAUCAUCAACAUCAUCAUCAUCAUCACCAUCAACAUCAUUUCCGGUAGAUCCAACAAUGAUGAUUUUUGAUGAUAUAUCAACAAAUUGGCCAGAUUUGAAUCACGAAUUCGAUAUGAUGACUGAUUUAGGAUUUUCACCAAAUCGUCAACAUUAUCAUCAACAGUAUCAUUAUUCUCCACAAAUGAAUAAUUUCGAUUAUGAUAUGAAUAGAAACUCAACAUUAGAUGAAUUCUCUAUUCAAACUAAUGACAAUAAUAAUAACAUUCAUUCUGAUCAUCAAUAUAAAUCAGCAAUAAUCGAAUCAAAUAAAUCUAGUCCAUCACUACUAUCAUCGUCAUCAUCAUCAUCAUCAUCAAAUAUAUCGACAUCAACAUCAUUAAUGAUGAAUGAUUCAGGAAUAGGUAGCGAUACAGAAAUUUCAAUGAAUUCAUCAUCAACAUUAACAUUAACGGAUUCUAUUUCACCGACAUAUUCAUCUACAUAUGAUCAUAAUCAUCAUAGCCAUUCAUUAGGAAUUUUCAAUCAUUCCACAACAAAUACAUCUACAUUAGAUCAGCUGUAUAAUUCGAAUGAGAAUCAUGAUUAUAGUUAUGAUCCAUUUCUAAGCGAUACAAGUACCUAUCAUACGAACAAUCAUCAUUACUAUGGUAAUAAUAGCAGUAAUCGAAAUGAUGAUUUUCACUCAAUUACACUCAAACUUGAUCCAAAUUCAAAUCGUCAAUGUAACAAUAAUAAUGAUCAUGGAGAUAUUAUUACUGGUUCAUUAUCAUCAACAUCAACAUUAUCACCAUCAACAACAGCAACAGCAACAUAUCUAUAG